CUUACUAAUAAACUUACACCGAUCAUCACCAUAGUAACCAAGAGCGGAAGUCCCUCCUCUGACCCCUGCACGGCCCGGAAGCGGAAGCUGAGCGACUGCAGAGUUAGAAUCGCUGGAACAACGUGAAGAGGGAAAGAUGAGUCUCCUAAACAAGCCGAAGAGUGAGAUGACCCCGGACGAGCUGCAGAAACGGGAGGAGGAGGAGUUCAACACGGGGCCCCUGUCGGUGCUGACACAGUCCGUGAAGAAUAACACCCAGGUUCUCAUCAACUGCAGGAACAACAAGAAGCUACUGGGGAGGGUGAAGGCCUUUGACAGACACUGUAACAUGGUCUUGGAGAAUGUCAAGGAGAUGUGGACCGAGGUCCCGAAAAGUGGCAAAGGAAAGAAGAAAUCCAAACCAGUCAACAAAGACAGAUACAUCUCCAAAAUGUUUCUACGAGGUGACAGCGUCAUAGUGGUGCUAAGGAACCCUCUGCUGGCUGGGAAGUGAUGACCUAAUCGACUGCGUCGGCCCCGUCCCCUCUCACCGUGUUCGGAUAUGACUUGUGCAUAUAGUGGGGCUUUUACGUUAUGUUUUGUAUUUUUAUUUUUUCCACAUUUUUGGGAGCUCAUGAUUUUCAUUUUGUUUUUGUAAUAAACAGGAUCUG